GACCACUCGACGUCAAUGCGUAUGUCACGUCGUUGACGAUUACACUGUGCGCCGGAAAUACGGUGGAGCGCUGACUAGCCGUUCGGGGGCCUCGGUCGGUGGUUCAGUCACCGAUAUUGGGUGAGAACCAGCAGCUAUGGCGCCGAAAACCGGCAAGGUUGGAACAAAAGGCAAGAAGCAGAUUUUUGAAGAGAACAAGCAGACGUUGAAGUUCUACCUGAGGAUUAUUCUGGGGGCUAAUGCUAUUUACGGAGCGGUGAAGCUUCUCCUUUUCUAUAGCUCUGUCACAUUCUGGACCUGGGGAUUGCUGGCCUUUGCCGUGGUUGUCUACAGCUUUAGCUACCGUUGGAUGCAAGGGAUGGCCCAGCCCGUGUUCUCUAGCGACAACACACUUGUCGACAGCGGCAUUGACCUGAACAUGGAGCAGGGUAUGGCAGAGCAUUUGAAGGACAUUAUUUUGCUUACUGCUAUUCUGCAAGUCCUCAGCUGUGUGUCCAUGUAUUUCUGGUACUUAUGGCUCCUAGCACCAGCAAGAGCUCUUUACUUACUGUGGGUGAAUAUCCUAGGACCCUGGUUUACUGCAGAACCUCCCACGAACUCGGAUGUAUCCGAAAAGAAACAGAAGAGGCAAGAGCGACGACAGAUGAGGAAGCUGCAGUAGGGUGGCAGGGCUGUUCCUAGACACUUGUUAACAGAUGGAUUGCUGGAAGCUAGUCUCACCACCUCCCCACCCCCCCCAACCCCUCCUGUUGCCAAGUUCCCAGACACCACUUUGUUGAAGCCCUGUCUGCACUGAGAGACAGUCGCUGCUUCUGAACUACAGCCCCCACACUUCUAUGCUGCAUUUAUCCCUGGCCAAAAGAGCACUACUCAAGCUUCGAAUCCUGCCUUGUGUCACUGAACUGGUGGGUGGAUCGAAGGUAAAUGAGAUGUGUUGACAUUUGUGGAUCACUACCUCAUGCUGCAGUUUGUUAGUUAUCCCCUGUGGUUGUUCACUGCAGUAUUCCUCCCCAAUGCCUUGUCUACUCAAAUUCAUAACUAGGGCAUAAUUCCUCAGGUGUCAGAUAUUGUUUGGGACUAAGCAACUUGGACAUUGCUAAUGUGAAAGCCUUGGACAAAGGAAGAACUGUGGAUGGACUGAGCUCUGUUUUUGGUGUCCACAUCUCCUUUGCACUGCAGAGCCUGAGUGUGGAACCGUUGGCACCGAUGGAGACUCAUCUCUGACCCAGCUGAACGCCGGUGAAACCCACGGUCAGUUAUCAAACAUGAAGCCUAUCACCACUUGACCAGGACCUGAGUCUGAGAAUGCUUGUGUUCGCUGAUGUCUCCAAUCUUUUGCUAAUAUGGCCAGUCACGUGCCAUUACCAUGGCAACUGCAUGCCUUCAUCCCCAUACACAGACACACUUUUUCAAUUUUUGUACUAUGAGCUAGCAAACCUGAUUCCAGCGGAUCAUUGCUCGGGAUGUGGUCCAUGGCCUAGUUGUCCGCGUGUGGAUACAAGUACAGAAAUAGCAAAAGGAAUCUGUCCUUUCAGCAAUCAGUGAUCUGUAACUCCAUCCACCACUUUGACUCUAUUUCCCAUAGUUUCCUUGGCUAGAAAAAUCCUACUAGUAUUGUCUUUUAAAUGAAUUGAGUUAAUUCCUACUCAGUAGAAACUUGGCUAAGCAGGAACUAACUUUUUACAUCUAAUUUUAGUAGAAGUUUAUGAACUUCUUCCUUGUUUCUGAGUACCCUGAACUUGUGACCCCCCCUUUACCAUUUGUGAUUGGAAAUUAGAACUUGAAAUUAUUUCCUAGGGUCUAUGAUUCUGCUCCAGUAAGUUCAAGUGCAGUUUGUAAUACUUUCUCAAAAUGUAAAACUCUUGGAAUGUUGGCAACCUUCUGCCAGCAUGCUUAAUCUAACCUCCCCUGCAAGACUUGUUUUCUUAGCACUCUCCUUUUCCUACCUCGGUCGUCCACAACACCGUAAGUUGAACUCUGCUACUCACUGUCUUUGGAGAAAUGAGCACAAAUUCUCAGCAGAUACUGCUUAGCCAUUCGGAGCAGGCUUAUGAUCUGGAGGUGGUGUGGCUCAGAUGAGGGUGUGUAUUGGUGAAAGACCCCAAGGCAUUGUUGUUAUAAGAGUAGGGGAUUAUCCUGGAUGCCAUGGUAAGUAUUUAUCUCAUGAAGGUAUCUUAGAAUGGGAUUUGGGUUAUAACCUUAUUGCUAUGUGUGGAAUCUUACUGUGUGUAAACCUUUUGCCCAGGUUAACGAGUACUUCAUUGGCUGAGCCACCCUGAGACUAUAUGAAUGCAAGAACGACACCCAAAAUGGUGGAGGAACUUAGCAGGUCAGGGAACAUCUAUGGAAAAGAAUAAACGGUCAACCUUUCAGGCUCACAUCCAUCAUCAAGACUGGAAAGGAAGGGGAAGGAAGCCAGAAUAAGAAGGUGGAGGGAGGGGGAAGGGGGGUUGAAGUGCGAAGUUAAGAGGUGAUAGCUGGGAAAAGGUAAAGGGCUAAUGAAGGAAUCUAUUAUGAGAGCAGAGUGGAUCAUGGGAGAAAGGGAAGGAGGAGGGUCUCCAGACAGGUGAUAGGCGGGUGAAGAGGAGUGAGAGGGAGAAUUGUAAAGCAAGAAGAUGAAGGGAGGAGAAAUAAAAAUGCCAAGACUACCUUCAUGUGAAUGAAUUCCUCUGCGAUUCUUAAUUUCACCUUGAUAUAAUGCUGUGCCUCUCAGUCAGACACUGAGCUGCAGACAGUCCACCAAUUCCAUAAAUGCAGGCACUGGGGGUUGGAAGGGGCAUUGGUAGCUGGAUUGGCGCAAGGACCAAGGGUUUUCACAGUAAGCCAUCUGCUGUCUGAAUGCAUCGCUUGAAGUGGUGAACAAGUGAGGAAGCAGUGGCUGCAUGGGCCAACGGUCACCGCUGAAUGACUUCGAUCUUUAUUUACUGUGUUACAUCAGUGACAAUUAAUUUAAGGUUUUAUUAAAAUGAAGCAACCAAAUUUACAGAUCAAAUAUUGAAUAAAUAUUAUGUAAUGCGCUGCAUUGUGCCUUUGACUGCAUCAGAUUUCAUAUUUUGCCUGAGUGUAUUGUUACUGCCUGUGCGAAUUACAAGGAAAAGUCACAUUUCAGUCUCCCAACUCAAUCUCGUGUUGAAUCAGCAAUUAUGUGACUGACUUUAUUCAUUCAUGGGGUACAGUCAUCUCACUAAGCCAGCGCUUUGUUGCCCAUGGAAACACAGGCUUCAGAUUUUGGAAUCUGGAGCA